AUGUCGAUAGCACAAAGUCCAGACUCCCGGGGAACGACAAGAGAGAGGAGUCGCAGUCAAACUACUCAGGCGCUAUUCACCACUGAAUUCAACAAGAUGCUGCCGAAGAGCAGUCCACGCUUUGGUGCCUUGAGUCAUCACUCAUUCUUCUCCCGGCAUAACCCUCAUCCACACAGGGUGAGACAUAUUCAAGGGCUCAAUGGUAGACCCGUUUGCAUGGUGAGAGAUGAUUGGUUUGUCACCUCAUCGUUAUUUCCUCAUCCGCUUCUCAGGAGCCACGUCCUCAGGAAAGCAGCUGAUCCAUCUUUUGUUUUUCCGCUUGCUCAGAAUCUUGAUGGAUUCAGUAGAAACAAAAACAAAUCAGCACUAUUUUCAGAAGCCUGGAGGGACGAACUUAAAGAAUUCGCUGCAAAAAUCAGUUUUUCUUCUCAAGCACAAAAGGACAAGAAAGAGGACCAACCAGAGGACGAAUUUGUUCGUCGAAAGACCCAAUAUUCAGCUGAAACCGGGAGAAUCAUCCCUCCAUCCAGCAAGUCUUACCAGCGCAGAUCCCAUUCCCAGCGCCUGAUUUAUCCUCAGCCUUUCCAUGACCAAGAAUUCAUGGUGUUGGAGCUACUUUGUCAGAUCCUGCAGACUGAUUCCCUGUCCACAGUCCAACAGUGGCUUCUGCUUGCAGGCCAAAGAGAGAAAGACCUGGUGAUGGGGAUGAUCAAACAAGCUCUGGAUGGCGUCGACCUCUCAGGUCAUCAUCAGAAAAACUUCCAGCAGCUCCAGGCUUUUCAUCCUGGUGCAUCUCCGCCAGUGUAUGGUCCAUCACUCGACCAGACGUGGAGAAAACCACAGAGAACGUGCUCAAACAGAGUGGCCCGAACUUUGAGCGAUGACAAACCAGAGAGGAUUGGAGAUGCAGAGGUCCUUGCUGUCCACGCAGGAGCUCAGAAUCAUCUUCAAGAUCAUCCACUUCAGCCCACAGACACUGUAUAGAGCUCCCUGAUUUUCAUCAUGGCGAUGACUCUAG